AUGUAUUUUUUCAUUAAAUAUUACGACCAGAAGAAGGAGAUAUAGUCGGUAAACAUGGAAGAAUUGCUUUAAGGAUUAAAAUAGGCUAGUCAUCUUCCCAAGAAGGCCAUUUUAAAGAGUCCCAUCUGGUUGUGGAAUAAUAUAUCAGGAUAAGAUUUUGAAUAGGUAAUUUAUUGAAUUUUAUUAAGGAGAAGAUGAGGAUAGAUAUAUAAAGGGAAUGUUUAAAUGUAUGA